CUUUGUAAAUGUAUGUGUUAAAUUUUAUUUUUUCAAAUUUUAAAGUGUUUAAGCCUAGCAACACACUAAGCUCAACAGUCAACCCAUUGACCAGAUUUUGUUGACAUUUAAUGUCAGUCAAUUAUUAUUGUCAAAAUAUUAAUUUAGCAAACCAAAGCAUGAUGAUUUUUUUUAAUACCUACCUAUCUUCAUUUACAAUGAAAUGAUGUUUUUAUCACUUUGCUUAUCUGAUAACAAUAUAGUAAGCUGUAAAAAAAUUAUUUAACAAUGAAACAUACGAUGUCCCCUAUUUAUCUACCAUGGCAGGGCCGUCCACUCAAUCGCAAAAACAAAUUGAUUUUGAAGACCUGAAUUACUUUCCACCUAUACAGAAUGGACGAAUUAAUUUAAUGGAAUUUGUGAAGGCUUCAUCAGAUUUAGUAUCAAUUGUUGAUAGUCUUGGCAAAAUCUUUAGUCCUGUAAAAAAUGACAUGCAAGGUAAUAUAGAUAAAAUAAAAAACAGUUUUACUCAUGAUGAGAAUUCCUGUCUAUUUGAAUUAAUAAUGAAAGAAAAAUCAAAAGGUGGAUGCACGGGUGCUGAGGCUACAUUAUGGCUCAAUAGGGCAUUGCUGUUCUUUGAGCUCACAUUUGAUGGUAUUUUGCAAGGCUUGAAGAGUGAAGUCAAGAGUGAUGAUAUAAACAUGAAGGCUAUCUUCUCAUCAGCUUAUGAAGGCUCUGUGAAAAAAUAUCAUAAUUGGAUAGUACAGCGCCUUUUCUCGGUCAUCUGCAAAAUGUCUCCUACAUUUCCGCAAAUAAUCGCAUCUUUAGGCUUGGCCAGUGUUGAGUCAUUUGAAACCAAAAUGGCAACUUUUACAUCAUCUUUACAUGUUGUAAGAUCGGAAAUUGAUAAUUUUUUUAAAGACAGUGGUUUAUUCCUUGAAGUUUAGAUACUUUAUUAAUGUACACACUGUGAUCUUUUCCAAAAUUUUGUUACACUGAAAAUUUUGUUUCUCAUGACAUCCACACGUCUUUUUUUUUACUAUAUGUAGGCAAUUUUGACUCCCAUGAAAUGAUAACUUUGUGUAAGUUACCAGUAACAAAUACAAUAAUUAUUGUAAUUUGAUAUUCAACAAAUUGAGAUUGUUGAGUUAUUAAAAACAGAAAAGACAAAGAUUUUCUAUCGUAAUAUGUAUUUUUAAAUUUUAUGUAACAAAUCUGGAAGUACAAAUUAAGAAAAAAUAUUGAACUUGAUAAUGGCAAGCAUUGCUCCUAUAAUUUGUUUUCUACUGAUAAAAAUUACAUUUUAUUAUUUUGUUUUACUUCCAGAUUUUCAUUGAAAUUGAUAAAACUGUUUGAAUUAAUAAUUUUUGGCCAGAAACCCAAUCGUAAAUGGUAUUAUAUUUAUUAAUAAUUAAUUUAUUCAAAUAGACAUAAGAUAUGCACAAAUCAGGAGCAGGCAUUACAGUUCAUACGUUACA